GUGGAGUGGCUGAAGAAUGAGGAGAUCAUAGACCCUGCUGAUGAUCGUAACUUCUACAUUACCAUCGACCAUAACCUGAUCAUCAAACAGGCCAGACUAUCUGACACAGCUAACUACACAUGUGUCGCCAAGAACAUCGUCGCUAAGAGACGGAGCACCACGGCAACUGUCAUCGUCUAUGGUAACGAUCAAGUCAGACCCAAACAUGGCAGCUGUAACAGCAUACUAAAUCAGAGUACCCUGUCAUAUUUGGUCGUUCUCACCCUAAAAUAAACAAUACAAUAUGCAUCAUAUCUUACACCUUCUGAUGCAAUAAUAAAAUCCAUAAUUCAAUAUUGAAAUCAUGUAGGCCUACUAGACAAAGUAGAAUGUGUCAAUUCUAGUAUAGAUUUACAUAAUAAAUGUACACAAUAAAGAAUACCUUAUUCUCUGCCUGUCUCUGCAACAUUCCUCCACCUUGAUCCAGCCUGAAGGUGUAUCAGGGAGUUUGGGGCUUUUAUUCUCUGUAUCAGAGCUGUAUUUAAGGAGGACCCCUGCUAUGCUUUUACACACACUCCCCUGAAACAUCACUCACACACACACACAGACACACACACAGACACACACACACACACACACACACACACACACACACACACACACACACACACACACACACACACACACACUCUCCUAAAACACACCACCUCAACACUGUGACACAGAAGUUAAGCUUCAACACCUGCUAGUGGGGAAGAGUCAAAACAGAAACAGAUUCUCAACAAACGUUCCUACCCACCCACCAUGUAAGAAGGCUAAACCUCAAGUUAUUAAGUCAGUCAUCAGUCUGUCAGUCUAGCAAAUAAUUAGCUAACAGACAUAUGAGGCCAUUUAUAGCCUUAACCCCCUACGUACAAACACACAUGUGUGUGUGAGUGGACACACACACACAACACACACACACACAGACACACGCACGCGCAUACACAAACACACAGACACACACGCAACCACACACAAUCAGAAAUCCAGACCAGAAUGGGCAGAGGUUUGCAGGGUCAGGUUUCAAAUCCAGCUCUCCCUCCAUCCCUCCAGUGUCUCCCAGCUCAGCACAUCCUCCCUAAAUCACACACACACUGGCUCUGCCAUGGAGGAUUAUGGGGGAUUAGGGGGGCCUAAAUUAUUGUUAGUGUCCUAUUUGUUUAUUUAUCUAUUUUAGUUGUCCGUUCUGACAGGGGAGAGCAGUAUGUGUGGCUUAGAUGAGUCCAGUAUGAAGGUGAAGUAGAGCAACAGAGAGAGAGUGUGUGUGUGUGUGUGUGUGUGUGUGUGUGUGUGUUUCAGCCGACUUUGGGGUCUUCAGGGACUGGGGUCGCUAUCCCUGCUAGGUUUUUCCCUCCACUAAUGCAGUCUGGGAGGACUGAGCGAUAGCCUGAAAACAGCUUUGAUGUCUCGGCUCAUCCUUAAAAGAAUGCACCAGAAGCAACUUUCUCUGCCUGGGUUGUGUCAGUCCCCCUUUCACUGUAUGCAGGCACACACGCACACACACACACACGCACACACACACAGUAUUGUACAGUUAACCUUGUCCACACACACACACACACUCACACUCACAAUCACUAGUCUAAGAAACUCAAAAGAAAAGUUGUUCAUUCUUACAAUAGUGAUGAAAGAGAAACAGAGAGAGACAGAGGGAGAAACUAGAAACAGAGAGAGAAUAGAAUGCUAUUUGGCCCUAAACAAAGAGUACACAGUGGCAGAAUACCUGACCACUGUGACUGACCCAAAAUUAAGGAAAGCUUUGACUAUGCACAGACUCAGUGAGCAUAGCCUUGCUAUUGAGAAAGGCUGCCGUAGGCAGACCUGGCUCUCAAGAGAAGACAGGCUAUGUGCACACUUCCUACAAAAUGAGGUGGAACCUGAGCUGCACUUCCUAACCUCCUGCCAAAUGUAUUACCAUAUUAGAGACACAUAUUUCCCUCAGAUUACACAGACCCACAAAGAAUUUGAAAACAAAUCCAAUUUUGAGUGAAAUACCUAUUGGGUGAAAUACCACAGUGUGCCAUCACAGCAGCAAUAUUUGUGACCUGUUGCCACAAGAAAAGGGCAACCAGUGAAGAACAAACACCAUUGUAAAUACAACCCAUAUUUAUGUUUAUUUAUUUUCCCAUUUGUACUUUAACUAUUUGCACAUCGUUACAACACUGUAUAUAUACAUAAUAUGACAUUUGAAAUGUCUUUAUUCUUUUGGAACUGAGUGUAAUGUUUACUGUUAAUAUUUAUUGUUUAUUUCACUUUUGUUUACUAUCUGCUUCACUUGCUUUGGCAAUGUUAACAUACAUUUCCCAUGCCAAUGAAGCCCUUAAAUUGAAAUUGAAUUGAGUGAGAGCGAGAGAGAGUGAGAGACAGUGACAGAGAGAUCUGAGAUUAGUUUCUUCAUUACCAGAGAAGACAGAGCAUUUUUUAUUGUUUCAUUCACUUUUGUUUAUUAUCUAUCUCACUUGCUUUGGCAAUGUAAACAUAUGUUUCCCAUGCCAAUAAAGCCCUUUGAAUUGAGACAGAGAGUGUGAGAGAGAGAUUGAGAGAGACAGCGAGAGAGUUCUGAGAUUAGUUUCUUCAUUACCAGAGAAGACAGAGCAGCCCAGUGGUUUUCCAGCCUGCACAACAACAAGGAGACUUAAAUGUUUUACAUUUUAGUCAUUUCGCAGACGCUCUUAUCCAGAGCGACUUACAGUUAGUGAAUGCAUACAUUUUCAUACUGGCCCCCCGUGGGAAACAAACCCACAACCCUGGCGUUGCAAGCGCCAUGCUCUACCAACUGAGCUACACAGGGCCGGAAAGACUUGGAAAGGUUGGGGAAGACAGGCAGAGAGAUUAGAUGGAAAGAGAAAGAGGGAUACAGAAAGCGAGAGAGAGAGAGAGAGAGAGAGAGAGAGAGAGAGAGAGAGAGAGAGAGCGACUCCUAAACCCCAGAAGGUAAGAAAGAGAAAGUGAAGGAAGGCAGGACUUUGGCUCUGCUCCCCUGGAGUCUGGUGCUUGGGGCUUCGCUCAUCGCAAUCAGUUUCAGCUCUGAGGGGCCUCUAGCUCCUAACAUCUCAAAUGCCACAUUCGAGUUCUCAGCCAUACACCCCACUGCCAUUCUGUUCUGGAUUUAGACUGAGACACAGAUGGAAUGCAGGAAGGAGAAGAGAUUGAAGGGAUUCAGAAGAUGGAAAAUACAGCAGCCAGAAAAAGCCUGUCCACAUAGCAAACUAAUGACUAGGGUUUACAGGGGGGGAAACACACCACAUGUAAAAAGCUCUAGUGUACUACAGAUUCUUCAAUGCCACUGUGUUCAUUCAAGCAAAAAAGGGCCUGGUGGAAUAUACUCAAAUUCUACAAGAUUCACUCAAUGCAGCUAUAAAAAGGACAACCAUUGUAUUUGCUAAAGUGUUAAACAUUUUGUUUUAUGAUAAUGUUUUUUUCCUACAGUGAAUGGUGGCUGGUCAACGUGGACAGAGUGGACGGUGUGUAACAGUCGCUGUGGCCGUGGUUACCAGAAGCGUACGCGGAGCUGCACCAACCCAGCACCGCUCAACGGCGGCGCCAUCUGUGACGGGCAAGGCAUUCAGAAGCUGGCAUGCAACCCACUGUGCCCAGGUAAAUACUGCGCCACCCCCCACAACGCUUAGGGGUCAGGGGAGUACAAUCUACUGGACGUCACAAACAGAUGACAUAUACUGUAGAUAUGUGUAUCAUUCUCCCCCCCCCCCCACCUCGUCUCUUUCUCUCCCACUAAUUGUCACACAUUCACUCACCCAAUCUCACACACUCUCAUUUCCACCCUCCUCCAUACCCCCCCCCCCCCCCCCCCCCCCCCUCCCCUCUGUGUGAUAGUGGAUGGCCUGUGGACAGAGUGGAGUAAAUGGUCCACGUGUGGGACAGAGUGUACCCAUUGGAGGAGGAGGGAGUGCAGCGCCCCGGCACCCAAAAACAGGGGGAAGGACUGUGAGGGCAUGGUGCUUCAGUCCCAGAACUGCACCGAUGGCCUGUGUAUGCAGAGUGAGUACAGACAUGAUGACCAUCCCCACUUUAUUCCUCUGUCUGCCUCUGUCUCU